ACCCACCAGUCCUCCUUGGCACACUCGUGUAAUGCGCUUUAGACCUCGGAAACCCGGACCCAAACCUUCGUGGAUCUUGGACGGCAUGAACACGUCCACCUUGCCGUAUCCGAUGAAAUAGACUCCGUUUAUGAGUCCACCGGCACGGUACAGCGUGUCGCCUUCUUGCUUCAGCCAGUGAGUCACGUACAUUUCGUCAAGUUCUCGCGUGAGAACUGAGUCACUAUCUUCACUACUUCGUGCGUAUGAGUGGUGGUGUGCUCACUUCUCAGUGGUUUCGGUACUGUCAUCGGCCCCGUCGUGGCCGAUGAGGUUUAAGGACGUAGUUGCUCGAGCUCCAAAUGCUGCAACAUUCGACCCGAUGGUGUCUGGUCAUGGCGAUCUACCCAUACACGACGCAGCGAAGACGUGGGAAGACUACCAGUCAAGCCGGGCCGAAGCAGUGAACAGCAUCGUCUUCCAAGACUACGGGAAAUACCGACUGGAAAUGGACGCUUUCGGCAACUCUACUUCGGGUACUAUAACUACUGAGUUAACACUGGACAAUCUGGCUAAGGCCAACGAUCUGGUUCAGCAGCACUUUGACUUUGGAGAGCAAGCUGAAAACGAUGACUGCAGCGGCAACAACCGCUGCGAUUUACACCAGUUUAGCAAGAAGAACUUCUUCGAAACCAAGUACUCGCGAUACUCGCACGACGAGAGUAUCUCGUGCUUCGACAAGGAUUUGGUACUCGAACAUAUCCUCAACUACGAUAAGUUAAGUGUAAACCCAUUGAAACAGUCGAACGGAACGUGCUACGAUGAGGUAUCUCCAGUACCGGCUGGUCAGUGUACGCGGUGCUGUAAAAUGUCCACAGCUUUGAGGGAGUUCUGGAUGGACUAUCGCUGUGGCUCGGACUACGACGUUCGCUACUGCGAGGGUGACAGUGAUCAGUCGUGUACAUUCGAGCAGUGCGUUGUGGUAAACGGUGAUACAUUGGCUACUAUCACCGCUCGUAUCAAACCUGGCGUAGUGACCGAGUCCAAGCAAGUGUUACAUCAUUUACAUCAAGAAGACUACCAGACAGUUACCCAAGUGCACCGUGCACUUAAGUGUACGUCGUACUAUGGUGACGAUGGUCAAUGCGUGUACAUGGCAAAGCUGUCUGAGCUCAUUGAGACGACCCAGACGGUGAAUUUCGAUGAAGAAUUUAACGUUAACGAUAUCGUUUAUUGGCAACUUUGGGAAACCAGACGCAAAACCAGCGCAGAAACCGGAUGCAAGUGGUCAACGUGUGACGCUGUUUACGACGAUGGCGACGUGUUGACAUUCUCGGAUCCGGAGACGAAGCUCUCCAUUGAAGAGUGGACGCAAUGUGGCCUUGUGCACUGGUUUUUCUUCUUUUUUACAUUUACACGUUAUCAGCGCCGUGGACAUCUGCAAACACUUUGUGACUUCGCCGAGUUGACUUUUGAUUUCCAUUCGAACGUUGGACUCCAAUACUUACGCACUGAGUUGAGGAUGAACGUGUCUGAAGUAGUUUGCACUGGAGCAUUGGAGAACCGCACUUCGGUCAAGAUUUUCAAGGUGACAAAAGACUUUCCUGAGAUCGUCACUGGGUUUGGCGUGGAGAUGUUGCAUAUCCCAAAUACCGAGGCCAUUACGAACGUUGAGGUAUCGUGUGACUUCACGCACGUGGGCUACGGUAAUGCCGUACACAAGAAAACGUGUGGUCGAUCCUUCUCCAUAUCGGACUGUAAAGGACCCCAGUUCGACGUACUGAACACCAAAUGCGGGUACGACGCAUGCGCCGGCAUAGAAAAUCUGGACUGUAUGAAGCAUGCAGUGGGAACAUCGUACGAAGCACGAAAACGACUACCUGCAGCAGUUUUAUUCUUCUUAUCCAUUUGCGACUGCUUCGCACUACGUAAAGGGAAGGCAACCUUCUAUUCUAUGGCAAUGUUUACAGACCGGUGCGGAAACUCAUUUUUUCGCCGUGAAAUUCCGGCCUGA